GUUCGCGAAGAAACAAAGGCCUUGUCAAGCGCUUUUUCUUAGAAGUGAAACGUCCGCGACAAGGCCUCAUCCAGCGGCUUUAGCCUAGGCAUUAGCGCCUUACCGCAUGGCGUCAAGUGUUUUUGGAGAAGUUUGUUUCGCCAUCAACCUCUGGCUUUGGCUUCCCCUCCUGGCCAGCAUGGAGCAGUUUGAAGGCCUGACCCCAGUCCAGACAGUGGAGGAGGUCAGUAGACUGUUGAACUGUCCUCCCACCUUCGCACAGGUGGCUGAGUACCUUGACAAACAGGACCCUCUGAAACCACUUCGAGGAGAGUUCUUUCUGCCCAAGGUGUCUGAGCUGCCCACCUCUGACUUGUCUGUUGCUGAUGGCUCUGCUGACUGUAUUUACCUGGUGGGCAACUCCUUGGGACUACAGCCCAGACUGGCCCCACAGUACCUGCAGGAGGAGCUGGACAAAUGGGCCAAAACAGGUGUGCACGGUCACACAGAUGGCCCUCGACCCUGGGCCUGGGCAGAGAACAACCUAGAGCAGAUGAUGGCUGAUAUAGUGGGUGCAAAAAGGGAGGAGGUGGCUUUAAUGAAUGGAUUAACAGUAAACCUGCACUUACUUCUGCUUUCUUUCUACAAACCCACUUCAUCUCGACAUAAAAUUCUCCUGGAGGCCAAAGCCUUUCCAUCUGACCACUAUGCUGUGGAGUCUCAGAUCCGACUGCGAGGGUUUAACCCUGAGGAGAGCAUGCUCCUGGUGUCACCCAGGCCUGGAGAGGAGACGCUGCGGACAAAGGACAUUCUGGACGUGAUAGAGAAGGAGGGACAGUCCAUCGCAGUGGUGAUGUUCAGUGGAGUUCAGUACUACACCGGACAGCUUUUUGACAUGGCCGCCAUCACAGAGGCUGGACACAAGAAGGGCUGUUACGUGGGCUUUGACUGCGCUCAUGCUGCGGGGAACGCUCUGCUGAAGCUCCAUGACUGGGGAGUGGACUUCGCCUGCUGGUGCUCCUACAAGUAUUUGAACUCUGGAGCUGGAGGUUUGGCAGCAGCUUUUAUCCACGAGAAGCACAAAGACACCAUCAGACCAGCGCUGACAGGGUGGUGGGGUCAUGACCUCAAAACACGCUUCAACAUGAGCAACGUGAUGGAGCUGCAGCCGGGAGUGAGUGGAUUCAGAUUGUCAAACCAGCCCAUUCUGUUGGUGUGCCCCCUGCAGGCCAGCUUAGAGGUGUUUCACAAAGCAGGCAUGGCGGCUCUAAGGAGGAAGUCCUUGUUACUGACGGGGUAUCUGGAGUACUUGAUCCUGCACUACUACAGCCAAGACCCCUCUCAGCCCCACAAGCCUUAUGUGCACAUCAUCACCCCCUCGGACCCCCAGCAGAGGGGCUGUCAGCUGUCCCUCUGCUUCUCCCUGCCCAUACGCCGAGUGUUCCAGGAACUGGAGAGGAGGGGAGUUGCUUGUGACAUGCGUGAGCCCAGUGUUCUGCGGGUGGCUCCUGUUCCUCUGUACAACUCCUUCAGUGACGUGCACCGCUUCAUCGAGACACUGGGGAGCGCUCUGAAGGCCAGCUGCUCCUGAGGGGUCACACAGGAAGAAACCCUACUCAAGUAUUAUUGAACAAACGAGGUCAAAAGCUAUUUGAGAUUAAGAAAAAGGCAUAUACUAUAAUUGAUCAUGUAAUCAAAGAUACCAUGUUUGCAGAAGGGGCGUGGACUUAAGGGCCCUCACUGUUUACAAUUGUAUACCAUAACAGUAUAUUAAUUAACAGGAGUAUUAUGUAGGGGACUUUCUCCCAUGUUAAAAUAUCUGUCUCAUCAAAAACAUGCCUGUAGAGGUUCUAUGUCAUUCAUGCAUGUUGGAGUAAUCUUAGAAUUUCUAUUAAAACUGUUAGCUGCAAGGAGCCCACAAGUCUACCUCAUGUUAUUUUAGCAAUUAAUACGCCUUAGAAGUGUUUAAGAAAUUGGAUAGAUGCUUGAAUCAAGUAAAUCAACCAAUAAACAGUUCUACCUC